AUGGUGGUCAGCGGAGAUGAGCUAUAUCGAGCGGUUAUUGCCGGCAAGUCGCAAACCGUCACUUCACUCCUCACAGAUUUGAAAACUCACGUCAAAAAAGACAAUGUUGCCUUGCCUCUAGUGCCCAAAUACUUCGAAGCUCUCAGUAUUGUCAUGGACACCACAGACCCCGCCGUGCAAGCCUUAGCGUUCAGUUCCAUUUGCCACCUUGUCAAGCGUGUGAGUAUCCAGGAUAGUACCGGCAAAGUGUUGGCAGACCAAAGUUUCUUGGUGCUUCCAAUUGUCAUACCUCGAAUAGCCGACAAGAAGUCAUCCAUCAGUGCAUCAGCUCGUAGAGCGCUCGAGGCAUACUGGCUUUCAGUUCCUGUGAAAGUUGAACAGGCACUUAUUGAUGUGGGCCUUUCAAAUAGGAGCCUGCUCAUCAUCAACGAGACGGUAGUGUGGUUGAACCAUAUCUUGACAGAAAUCAACCCGUACUUUAAGCUAGACGCCUUCUUCACGCCUUUAGCUCAAACGCUCAAUAAGCAUGCAUCCAACACAACUUUGGUUGAAAACAUUAAGGUAUUGUUUGCCAAUUACUACGACUUAAAGCAGAACAAGCUCCACCAGUUUGAGCUCCAAAAAGUGCUCGAGUCAAGCGGAGUUUCCACUGUGUUACGCGCAUCUAUCAUGGGAACGGACGCUGUGCUAAGUCACCAGCCACAGAAGCCUUCCAGAAGUCAUGAACUGGACUACACCUCUCCGUCGGUACAUUCGCAGCCAACCUACAAAUCAAGCAAAUAUGGGUCCAGGCCAUCCACAAGUUUCAAGGGAGAAUCCAAUGAGCCAUCUCUGAACAUAAGCGUAUCCACAAUUAACUCUUCUACAGGGGACAACUCUACCAGCGGUUCAAAUUCUCACAGUGAUUCUACGAAUGGCAAUGGACCUGCAAAUGAUUCUACUUCCUUGUCGGAGUUGGAGAAAUUAACUGAGGGGCUUGCCAAUUAUAAGUUGGACAUGGAUUUUCCUUCGAAGAAUGUCAGCAGUGAAAGCUCCAUACAUGAUUUACUUGUGACGAUGUUCCCUUGCUUUGAACAUAAAGAAACAGAAAAGAAUUGGAUCUCGAGAGAGAAGAGCAUUCAACAGUUGCGUCAAAUCAUCCGCGGAAACGCUCAAAGUGAGUAUAGAUUGCAAAUGUUGCAAGCAAUCAAAGAGCUUUCUGAGGGAAUUCAAAAAGCUUUGCUCUCAUUGAGAACGACUUUAAAUGUUCACUCGUGUCAGUUGGUGAAGGAGAUGGCCAUAUUCUUUGGGGCUGAAUUUGAUGCUUUGGCAGAAAUUUUCCUACCGACUUUGAUCAAGCUUUGUUCUGCAACCAAGCACAUGACAAACACCAAUGCCAAUGUCGCCGUCUCUUCGAUUCUAGCCAACUGUACCCUCCAUUCCCGAAUCAUACAGAGAAUAAGCACCGCGGCUACCGACAAAAGCACGACAACAAAAUCUUACGCUGCGUUCUGGUUGCAAAUCUACUUAGUUCGUUGUCAUUCUCAGUCAUUAUGUUCCGAAAUUGUGGGAAAAUUAUUGCCAAAACUUCUAGCUGAUCCCAACUCCCAAGUUCGUCAAUCUGCUAAAGAUGCUUAUUGGCAAUAUCGGAAAUUGUUGCCAGAAUCCGCAGAUGAACUUCUUGGUAAGCUUGACUCAAAUGUCAUAAGGGCUCUCGAGAGAUCCAAGCCUGCUGAUGAGAAGUUUACAUCGCUGAUGACUACAAAGAAGUCACGUCCAUCUUUGAAGGAAGCAAUCAUGGCAAGGAAUAAACAGAUGCGAGCAAAGACGAGCGAAACUCGUUCGACUUCGAGUUUCCUCCCUCGUCGACCAAACGAAUUUGAAGAAUUUAACCAACGAUCGGUCAACCGCAUAGCAUCAGAUCCCUUGAGGGGCCCAUCUCGAACAGAAAGGGGCCAUGCACCACACUACGCUCAGUCCACAUUUUCUCAUAGAGCAACAACCCAGCCACUGUUGGAAGUCAUUAAGUCAUCGUCUGCUCCACCUUCGGAAAUCAAAUCUGCUCCUUCACUAUCACCUCCAAGUCUUCACUUUUCCACACACUCUGCUUCAACACUCGCCAAACAGUCGCCUGAAGUUUUGAAUGAUCAAGCAGCCGCCUUCGAAGGUCGGAACGACCCCAUACUCAAGUUUCUUUUGUCAUCUCAAGAAGAAUUCAUCCGUGAAGGUGUUAACCUUUUGCGUUAUGCUCUUAUUGGAGACGAAGAUAUUUCCAAAGAAAUAAAGCUGAACCUCAGAAAAGUAUCCAUAUCGAACACUGAGAUGUUGAGACCAUUAUUCGAGGAGGGUGAAAGCUUGUUCAAAAAAGCAUGUCGUCUAUUCCAGAUAGAUGAUUUCUUCAGAAUUAUUGCAAUUCUUCUGCCAGUCUCCACUAAGAACUUAGAUUUGAUCCUUUCGUUAUUUGAGGUUGAACAAAUCUACGAUAGUAUUAACACGCUUUUGUCGUACGUGGCAGACUUGGACAACAUAGUGGACGAAAAAUUGCUUGUGAUGCAAAUUAUAAAGUACAAGUCAAAAAUUCUUGAUAUGCUAGUUCAGUUUUUGAAUAAAGUCAUUUUGAAAAUGCCAAUCAGUGAUGUUAAGUUUGCUAAAUUGACAGCAAACUUGGUUGAGUUGGUACCAAUCGUGGAUUCGUCUUGGAUUUUUGCAGACUAUCAAUUACUUUUGCAAACUCUCCAUUCUAUCAACAAAUCACUUUUUGUUGCUCAACUUUCCCUGGCGUCAAACAGCUUGAGAGCUGAAGUUGAGCAAAUUGUCGGCAUUGAUCAUUCAUUGCUGUAUAGUGGUGAUGUUACAAUAUUUAACAUGACAGACCUCACACGAAUUUCGCCAGGAAAACCUCCAGUUGGUUUAUCGCCAUUAAGGCAACCAUCGGAUUUCACAAUGUUGUUACCACCAAAAUCUCACGAUUCGAAUUUCACUGACGUGACAAAGUCUGGACAAGUCCCCAAAAUUCCCGAAGUAAAGCAAGGGGAUGAAGAGGAUAAUGAAAUGGAUUUGGCUGAGGAUGCAACUGAUUCAGAAAAUCCUGCAAUAGAUGUUGCUAUGCGUGAGGCUUCUGAGGAUAGGGGUAGUAGCUCAAGUGGCCUGGAAGAAUUUCCACUCGCAGAAAAUGACCCUGUCUCAAUCGGCGAGGAGACUCCACCUGAAGUGACUCCGGAAGAGAAUAUCUUCUCCACGCAUGAUUCAGAAAUCAAAAGAACGGAUUUUUUUGCCAAACUCAACAGUCCAGACUUGUCACAUGAGUUAGCGGAUGAUUUCGCUCAAGUCCAACUCUCAGGAAAGUCGAAUUCGAUCCAACUUUUUAUUGAUAAGGUGGAUCCUUUGAACAAGAUAUCGAGACGAAAUAGACAGAUUUCGAUAUUUGAAGACUCCAAGGCUGGCUCGCCUCAAAAAAUUCGGGAAUAUAGUUACACAGAUUUUAACUGGUUCAAUUUUCUGGUCGCAAAGCUUUCAUUGGAUCACCACGCUGAAGAUUUCGAUUCUAAUACAGUUGACGAAUUCAAAGGAUUGUGCAAAAAAUUGGGAGAGUGCAAAUUAUCUGGUACAGAGUUUAUUGGCAUACUUAGAUUCUUACAGAAUGAGCAGGCUCCGGAUUUUAACCACUUUUUCAGCAGCCUGGGACAGUCCUUGGUGGAACAAUCUUUAUGGCAAUUUUUUCUUUCAAGCAAAGCGCACGACAAGCUUAGUGGGUUGAUUAUUACUAAGCAGCUCCUUAUCAAUCGGGUUGGAAUCAACUUGAACCAUUUAUGGCAUACGUUACUCGAAUUGAGUGGUGAGUUUGGCAGUCCAAGUCAUGAGCUCGACGUCGCCAUUAGCGAGACUUUUGAUGAAGCACUCUGCGGAGUUUAUUCAAGCGCUGAACUUUUCCACAUUGUUUCCAAAACAUUGAAGGAGCCUCAGCUGAUUGAUACUAGAGCAUUACGAUUUGCUGUGGAGUCAUUAUUCAAGCUUAUGUCCGCACGAACGCUUGCAUUGAUUAUCAACGAAGACUUGUUCUGUCGUGCUGACGAUGUCUUACGUGGUCUUUUGGAUCACAAAGAUACGCUAGUCCGCAAAUACGUGUUGCAAACUUACGGCAAGUUAGUAAGGGCUGCCCGCGUUAGCGAUGCUUCCGGGGGCAAUAAGUCGACGUCCAUGGACAAGUCUGGAAUGAAGUAUAUUGAUGACUUAAUGGGGCGGGUUACGGGUCCACAGAUGAAGCUAAUUGAGUUCUUCAGUCAAUAG